AGCAAAGUGGAUGAAUCCGGAGUGGCAAAAUCACGUGGUUUUGGUUUUGUUAAUUUCACGAAAUUCAAAGAUGCUUAUGCAGCACUGAAACAUCUCAAUAAUAAUCCGGAAAUUUUCGGCCCUAAACAGAGGCCAAUUGUUGAAUUUGCGAUCGAAAAUAGGGCAGCUUUGCGAAUUCGUGAAGCUCGACAAAAAAAACUGAAGAGCAAGCAAGCAACGACUACCUCUGAAGAAACAGACCCGGACCUAUUAGAAGUAGAGAAACUUGAAAAUAGGGCUUUGCGAACUCAUGAAACGCAGCCAAAGAAAUCGAAAAAUAAGCAAAAAUUGACUGUACCUGAAGAACUGGAUCUGGAUCUGUUGGAAGUAAAGAAACAGCUUCGUUCCCAGAGACCACUGCCAUCUCAUGCCGGACCAAAAAUACGUUGGAAGAAAGACAAAAAGACAAAACCGAACGCGAAAAAAGCAAAAAAAGCAGGGACGAGCAAAGGUGUGAAGAAACGAAGCGAGAACAAAUCGGAAGCAAGUGGAAAAAUGCCAAAGAAGAAAAAACGAAACCUUUCGACGAAUCUUGCUAAAUAUUUGACACUUUGUGGUUGA